CAAUUAAUGCCUUCUAAGAGGUAAUUUUGUAAUCUUCUCUCCGUCCGGAUGCUUUUCUCCCUGCCCGAACCAGCAAGCACCGUCGUCCCCCGGCUGAACCGGCGGCGCAUGGUCUCUAACUGGAGAGCGACUGACUCGUUAGAAGUUCAAAGGAAAAGAAUUUUGGGGCUCCAUCUCUUGCUCCAACCCUAGCUGAGGAAGCAGGUUUGCAUAACUUUGGCUUCGAUCUCCAUCUUCGAAUUUGGUCUCUUUCGCUUUUUCCAGAUCCUUCCUCGAGCUAUAAUCUGUCGAGUAAUUGGAGGAAGCGAGUGGACAAGAUGGCGAACAGGAUGAAGGAGGAAGAGAAGAACGAGAAAAUUAUUAGAGGACUUCUUAAGCUUCCUUCUAAUAAAAGAUGCAUCAAUUGCAAUGGUCUGGGCCCACAAUAUGUUUGCACAAAUUUCUGGACUUUCAUCUGUACAAACUGCAGUGGGUUACAUCGAGAGUUUACUCACCGAGUAAAAUCAAUAUCCAUGGCCAAAUUUACAUCCCAGGAGGUUAGUGCGCUGCAAGAAGGGGGAAAUGAGCGUGCUAGGGAAAUUUUUUUCAAGGAGUGGGACCCUCAGCGACACUCUUAUCCAGACAGCAGCCAUCUUGACAGGCUCAGAGAUUUCAUUAAGCAUGUUUACGUUGAGAGGAGAUAUGCUGGUGGGAAAAGUAUUGGUGGCCCUAAUAAUGUGAAGGGUGAACGAGAGGAUUAUGAUGACAACCGAAGCUCCAACACUGGUCGUAGUGGUUCACGGAGUCCACCUUAUUAUGAUCCAUAUGAAGGUCGAUAUGGUGAAAUGCCUGGUUCUGCUGGAACGAAUGAUGAUAGAAACUCUCGCUCUAGCUAUGAGACAAGAAGCCCUAGCUACGUUCAAGCUGAUUAUAGAAGUUCUAGCCAUUUUGAGAUGAGGGAUGAAAUACGCCGAGAUGAUAAAGCUGGAAAUGAAAAUCAAAGUCCAAAAUAUUUUGAAAACCGAAUUUCAGAAGGAUUACCGAAGCCUGGAGUGUCUGAUCACCAGAAGGGUGUAUAUAUAUCAAGUCCUCCAAUGGUACGUCCAGUGAGAGAUAUAUUGGGUUUUGAUGCCCCCCCUCUUCGAGUCAGUGAACCUCCACAGAUGAAUGCUGGAAAAGUGCCAAACAGUCCUUUAGAAAAACAGGGCUCUGCUUCAAGUAGCAAGGGGCCUAUUGAUGGGAAUUCAGCGGAGUUGAAAAGGGUAAAUUCUGGAAGUUUAAUCGACUUCUCUGCAGACCCUGAACCUCCUGCUGCUAGUCUAGCUCAGGGAUCUUUUGCUCUUCAAAGCGGCUCUACACCUGCUAAUAGUGUUGGUUGGGCAUCUUUUGAUGUUUCUAGUCAACAGAAGGCACCGGAGGCAGUUUCAACAUCAGGGGAUCUGGAAUCUGUGUUUGCACAACUGUCGGUUCAUGCAUCUACAUCAGUAGUGAACUCUACUAUAUCACCUGUUGCAAGCAACGACUCUUUUCCCAUAGCAAAUAAUGGUGGAAAAUGGCCAGCUGUGCAGCAGCAGGUUUCACCACUCCCAAUUGCUUCUAAUCGGUCAACCAAUCCGCUAGUCCAUACACUUGUCGGUUCCCUAAACAACCAGGUAUCCGCUCAGCUGGCUGGCCCAUCAUUUCCAGGAAGUGUAGAGGGUACUGUGGCUGUUCUUGAUGGGCAUACUUCUCGCCCUGUCAUGAAUCCGUCAGAUAGGCCAGGCUACUUUCCAAACCCUUUAGAGGCUAAUAAUAGUGGAAGGAAAGAACUACCAGCGGAUCUAUUUACUGGACUCUAUCCAACAUCACCUGCUUCAUAUACAGGGUGGAGAGUUGGACCGCGCCAUGGUAUGGUCUACGGCAUACAAUAUCCUGUCAUGAUGGGUGCUGUCCAGCGACCUGUGACAAUGUUUCACAAUUCCCCAACUUCCAUGAAUCCAUUUGAUCUUGCUAAUGAGUCAGCUCCAGCUCCCAAUCCUAUGGUAUGCCCAAACCUCCAAAUUUUAUUUUUUUGCUGCAAACUUGAAUGGUACACUACGGACAUGCUUAUGAAACUUAAUUUUUGUCCUAGAAUUGGUUAAUAAAUAAAGAUUUAA